GCUGACACCAUCAAUCCACCGGCCCAGUCAUUCCUUGUCCAGGCCCGCCGCCCUCCACGGUCAUCCACCAGCAGUCGCCCUUGCCCCCCACCAGUCACAGACGCUUUAAAUCAACCCAUCCCCGGUAACGUGGGCUCUCUCAUCUCCCACUCUCUCCUUCCACCUCCCCCACCCUACCACAUACCUACCACUUCAAUACAUAACAACAAUGGCUCCAAAGGCUGCCCCCAAGCCCAAGUCUUACGAGGAGGACCGUGAUGCCACUGGCCAGUCCUCCAUCUACACCGCUAGCAACGGUGCCCCCGCCCCCCACCCGUACGCCGCUCAGCGUGCCGGCCAGAACGGCGGUCUCCUCCUCCAGGACUUCCACCUGAUCGACCUCCUCGCCCACUUUGACCGUGAGCGCAUCCCCGAGCGUGUCGUCCACGCCAAGGGCUCUGGCGCCCACGGCAUCUGGGAGGCCACCGAGGGCCUCGAGGACCUCUCGGUCGCCGCUCUCUUCAAGAAGGGCGCUACCUGCCCCGUCACUGCCCGCUUCUCGACCGUCGGUGGAGAGUCUGGCUCGAGCGACAACGCCCGUGACCCCCGUGGCUUUGCCAUCAAGUUCCGCACCCCCGAGGGCAACUUCGACUUUGUCGGCAACAACACGCCCGUCUUCUUCCUCCGCGACCCCGCCAAGUUCCCUCACUUCAUCCACACUCAGAAGCGUCACCCGGCUACCCACCUCGGCGGCGGCGACGAUGCUACCUCGUUCUGGGACUACCUGAGCCAGAACCCCGAGUCUGUCCACCAGGUCAUGAUCCUCAUGUCUGACCGCGGUAUCCCUGACGGCUUCCGCCACAUGCACGGUUACUACGGCCACACCAUCAAGCUCAUCAACAAGGACGGCAGCUGGGUCUACGCUCAGCUUCACGCCAUCUCGAACCAGGGCAUCAAGACCUUCACCAACGAGGAGGCUGCCACCAAGUCGCCCGACUAUGGCCAGAAGGACCUCUACUACGCCAUCGAGAACGGCGACUUCCCCUCGUGGACUAUCAAGGUCCAGACCAUGACCCCCGAGCAGGCCGUCGACGCCUGGAAGAACAAGGGCAUCAACGUUCACGACCUCACCCACAUCUGGCCCCACUCCGAGUACCCUCUCCGCACUGUCGGCAAGUUCACGCUCAACACCAACGCCAAGAACUACUUCGCCGAGGUCGAGCAGGCUGCCUUCUCGCCUUCGCACGUCGUUCCCGGUAUCGAGCCCAGCGCCGACCCCGUCCUCCAGUCGCGUCUCUUCUCGUACCCCGACACCCACCGCCACCGUCUUGGCACCAACUACCACCAGCUUCCCGUCAACCAGCACCUUGUCGAGAACGCUGCCAACUUCCAGCGCGACGGCCCCCACGCCCUCUACAACCAGGGCGGCCGUGUCGGCUACCUUGCCUCGCACGACCCUGUCCAGUUUGCUCCCCCCAAGCAGGACAUUGACAAGGUCCACGCGCCCUUCGUCGCUACUGCCGUUUCGUUCCUCUCGACCAUCCGUCCGGAGGACUUCAACGCUCCCCGCAACCUCUGGAACAAGGUCUUCUCGGAGGGCGAGCGCGAGCGCUGGAUCAAGACCGUCUCGGGCCACAUGUCGACUGUCCAGGACAAGGAGAUUAUUCGUCGCCAGAUUGCCAUCUUCCGCCAGGUCGACAACGACAUUGGCACCCGCCUCGAGAAGGCCACCGGUGUCAAGGGCUACGAUGGCAUCAAGGGCAUGAAGUUCAACGGUGCCCACAACGGCAUCAGCGCUACUGUUAUCCCUGCCAACGGCGCUCCUCGCGCCGGUGGUGUCGGCGAGAACGGUGCCCCCCAGACUCGCCCCAAGCUGUAAGCUGGCAAGACUGAAAAGGAGCGAUACGAUUGAGCGAGUGAUGCUGCGACCUGUUUGUAGUGAUAGGCAGCCGAAGAAUGCGAGAAGUUUCCUUAUGA